AUCAAAAUGGCUUCUCGUUGUCGUUUCAAAGAAUUGCACGUUUAUCAAGAAAAGAUGCUCGCGUCGCAGUCGCACGUACGCUCCACGUUCUUGCCUUCACGACGACACCUGGCUCUUGACAUCGCUUGACGAGACGGUAAAAGGAUCUUCACCAGCAGCCUUUAGCCAUGCGGUGGAGCCGUCUGAAACAGCUCGCCCAAUUGGAAGUGAACAUGAAGCGGCAAACCUUGAUGCUGAUCUCGAAAAAGCGGGCUAAGGCCAAGGAAGUAGUGGCGAAUGUUGUCGGGGCGGCGAAGGUAUGGAUUGCAAAAAUGUCUAGGUCUGGAAGAUUGCAACUUGUCAUGCUAAAUCCGAAUCAUGCAGAAAUCUGUGUUGCAUGAGUGCCAAAAGCUGUCCACUUUCGACCAAGUUUGGAGGGAGUUUCUCAUGCAGGAUUGGCAUGAUAGAGACUUCCACUUCGCAGAAUCUGUCAUGCUAGGUCCUGCAUUCCAGACCUCAUGGGGCACGGAAAAUAUGCAUGACAAGUCUGCAUGCUUCCAGACCCAGACAUUUUUGCCAUGUAGAGAAGGCGAGGAGCAGCAAAGUCGCACAGAGCGAAAAGGUGAAACAGGAGAUGGCCCGCGCGCAAAAACUCAAGAUCAUCCAAAGCAAAGCGACCGCGGUUCAGACGGCAGGGGGAGUAAGUGAUAUUGGCUCUUCCAGCAUCACAAGUAGCAGUAGUACGACCGGGCAGCUCGGUGCGGCGGCGGCAGUGGCCGCGGCGAUUAGGACACAAGACAAUUACCACGAUCAUGGGCACGACCAGCUGCACUACAGGCCGGGCAGUACGGGAUUUUCUCGAGACCGGAACGGCGCGCAUACCAGCUACACUGGAAUAUUGGAUCAACGGCAUGCGCAGGAAGUAAGGGAGUUUUUUUGUCUUGCUGUCGUGUCCGAGUUUGAUUCAAAUGUGUGCAUGUCGAUUUUUAGCAUCUUCCAGAAUGAAACUAACCGCUCUAAUGUAUAAUGAAUUUGUCAAACUUAACAUCAAAUCAGCCGGCUCCACCGACGCCACCACCAGAGACGCGCUUUAGAAGUAAGCCAAAGAUCUUGGACCUCGACGAGCCAGAGCUGUCGUCCUCCUCGAGGUCUAGUGCGCAGAAAAAACGAUUUUUUGUUCCGGUGUCUGACGAAGCGUUGCCAGCACUACCAGCGUCUGCACCGUCAAGCGGAAGCAGACACAACACAAAGGCAUCCACUUCCUCAUCCUCCUCUACCGAUCCAAAACCCUCCCAGACCAAGAAAGCGGCAGCCGCUUCGAAAGAAGGACAAGGAGAAAAACAAAGAGAACCGAAAAAGAAAGCCGCAUCUAGUAGUACUCCCAAUAAGCCCAAAGCGGAAAAACGAAAGGGCCACGCGUGGUACUACGACUGGAAACUGAAAAAAUGGAAGUGGCAGCCGGGAACGGGUAAGUACGAUGUCUUCCGCAAAAGACCGCCAAAGCCCGAAGAACCGCCUCUACUGCCGGGAGAAGAGGGUGCCGCUGCUGCGGCGCAACCUGGGUUCUCCUCCUGCGAUGCAGCGCAGGGCAGCAACUGGAAAGGCGCAGCGGCAGCAGCAGCAGCAGCAGCAUCUUCCAGUAAGCGGUGGGGCGAAAAGAACACGAGUGCGUAUGCAGAGCAAUUUAGCAAGAAUUAUUUCCAACAGACAGGCCCCGCAGCUUACUCCAAAAACAAACUCUACGGCCUGCGCCAGCGCGUGAAUUACAUCGGCUUUUCCGCCUUCCACGAUGAAGUCCAGUGGUACCCGAAAAAGGACUCGUUGUUAGCGCACCAUCCAGACUGGAAGGAGGUGAACGGGUUUCUCGUGGGCAGUUCCUAUCUGAUCCCGGCAAAGGGAAAGAGGGGGAAGAAAAUUGCAGCGAGCACGUUGGUUGCUGGUUCCUCUUCAGCAGGAGCAAGCGUGUCCGUUGCAAGCACGGCGGCAGUAGAUUCUGCAACAGUAUCAUCCCCUUCCCCUUCAAGCGCAUCAUCAUCAUCAUCCGCCGCCACCUCGGAACAACAAACAGCAGCGCUGUUGAGCGGCAAACAAGAAAAGCCCCCGCCGAAGUACAGCCAGAUGAAAAAGUACGGCUUUGUCGACAGCCACGAGACGUUAGUGAACCUCGCUUCAAACCCGCAUAGGCUGCACAACUUCCACGAGGUUUUAGACGAAUCCCAGCCGAGGUGUCUGUAUUUCGACAUAGACUGCAAAGAAAACGUGGAGGAGAUGAAGAAACUCCACCCGGAGUUGAUGCGGGAACUGAGUCAAACCGUUUUCAAAACGCUCGGUUUACACACCACCGCUUUCGACGAAGCGAGGAGAGAAAAUUUGGAAGAAAUUUUACCCGUGAUCUUGUCCAACCAAGAUCCGAAGAAAUACUCCGUCCACGUCAUUUUCCCGAUGGUACAGUUCGAAUCCCAGCAGCACCAGAAGGAGUAUCUAUCCCACGAAAAAACUGUUUCACUGUGAUGAUUUUGCAAGAUCUGCGUCACAAGUUUGUUAAUACGCACCAUGGCACUGAAAAUUUGUCAUGCGCGCCUCCCAAGGAAAAACACGCUUUUCUGCAUCACAAGUUCACAGUGAAACAGUUUUUUCUUGCGAUAGUAUCUGGUGUUGAUCCAAUACGCGUUGUCGGAGAGGUUAUUGAAGAUCGUGGAUUUCCAGGUCUACAGCUGCUUCCAACUGUACCGGACCGCGUAUGCCGCGAAGUUGUGCAGUGAAACCGGGAAGUUGCGGCCAGAAACGAGGUUGAUACCAAACAGUGUCGACCAAGCUCAUGCUGCUGAUGUGGGAGUUGCUGAUGCUGGUACUUGUGCUGGAAGUAGAACCUCCGUGAGAGGAACAUUCAACGAUGACUCGUCUUCUAGUAGUACUUGGUGCUACAAAAACGACAAGUCGACGUGUUUCGCCUCCUAUGUGAACCCAUUGUACGCUUGGAAACUGCAAACCGCGGAGGAGUUGUUGCAGUUAGAGGUGUAUGCAUUGCAAAUAUGUCUGGGUCUGGAAGGUUGCAACUUGUGAUGCGCAUUUCAGAUCACACGAAAAUCUGUGUUGCAUAAAUAGCAAAAGUUUUCGUUUUGUAUUUUUGGCCAUGGUGAAAGCGGCUUUCUCAUGCAGGGUAGGCAUCGCGAUCGCGAAGCUCUCGAAACACCUGUGAUGCUGGUCCUGCAUGCCAGACACUCUGGGAGAUUCAAAACCUGCAUCACAAACACCUGCAUCUAUCCAGACCCAGACAUUUUUGCAUUUGAUAAGGUGAAUGAACCAGUCCGGGAAAAGUUAAUCGCCCGGAUGUCCAGCGUGAAUCGGAGGAUAAGGAGGAGUGUGCCGAAAAGCGGGAGUAAUGGUGACAAUUCCACUUUGGAGCACGAUGUUUUGUGUCAUACCGGGGAUGAUUUGGCGUUGUUUCAUAAGGAUUUCGUUUGCAACAGCACGAAAAACACUAGCGACAGCAGCGGCAGCACUAUUAGCACGACAGCAACCACUUCUUCACCUGACGGCGCAGCAGAGAAUGCCAGUGCAACAGCGCCUGCCGAGAAACAACUACAACCGAGCCGUGAUACGAGACCAGAACUGAACCACGAGCGCUCUUCAGCCUCACCUAGUUGUACCUCUGCCUGCUCCGCAUCAGAUUCGACCACUGGGAGUGCUGCAGCAGAUGGAAUUACGGAUGCGGAUUCUUCCAACUACACAGUAGAUCCUGCAAGCGACGAGGAACAAGACCACUCUUCAAAACCCUCGUUAAACACCAAAAGAUCACAACAAGUGCUCGACCUUUCCCAAUACGACUCAGCCAGCCAACGGUUAGAAAUCGCGUUGCAAUACAUCUCGCCGCUCCGCUAUGGAACUGUCAGGAUUGAAAUCGUCAAAGUUGAAAUGAUUUGUGAUGCAUAAAACGGAUACCAGUUAGACCUACAGUUUGUAGGCGGUGCAUGACAAAUCUUCCCGGUCCUGGAAGCGAGUCUGUCAUGCGGUUUAGGGCAAAAGAUCUGCCUUCUGUCAUGCUAGUCAGCAGUCCAACUUUUGAUCCUUACCAGGACUAUAAUCUGCCUCCCGUGCAUCCUCUGCCUUAGAGCCAAUUUCUGUAUCGCAUUUUAUGCAUGCCAUAUCAUUUCAACAUUGACGAUUUCGAUCCUGACACAUCCAUAUCCGCGCAGCCCAGUUCUGGAGCUGGUUCCGCAUCGUCGGUGUGAUCGGAACAUUGGUGGACGAAAACGCGAGUAAGGGUAAGCAGGAGGUGGAGAAAAUACAGGAAAUUUGGCAAAACUGGAGCAGAAAACAUUACCCGGACCACGAUGACUUUGAGAACCAGGAUAUCGUAUUGAAAAACAUCCCCACCCCAGAGUCAAGAUGGGGAUUUUGCAACACAAACCUAGAAGUUUUGGGACUCACGCAUCACAAGUUGCAGUCCGUAGUGUAGUCCAGGCUAGCAAGGACAAACGGAUCACAAAUCCAUCUGCUUCUCCUGGUUACAGCAUUACAAAUGCCAAAACACGACUAGAAACGCCUCUCAUGGAGAUGCGCAUUACAAAUGUUUCUGCCAUUGCAAAUCUGCAUCACAACUCUGGUGUGGGGACGUUUUUACAAAUGAUACAGGAGAUGAUCGACAGAGCAGUUUCAAAACGGAAAGAAGGGGUUCGGAUGAGCGGUUUCGGGUUGUUAGUGGUCAUGAUGAAGCAUGAUAAUCCGGAUUUGGUGAUACGAACCGGGUACUGCUUUAAGGACGACGAGGAAGCUGUAGUAGAGGGAAGCAGCAAGAGAAACCUCAGUCCCGAGGAACAGAUGAGGCGCCGGCAGGAGAGCAGAGUUGUGAGGGACCACGAACAAGGGGAUAUUACAGGGGAAAUAAGGGAGAAAUUGGGAGCAGGAGGAACGCCACCUACGAGUGCAGGAGCAGCUUCAACUACAUCUGUAGCAGGUGGAGAACAACAAAAACAACUCGGCCCGACCGAAGUUCCCGUUUUGAAUGGUGAGAAGGCGCUGGACAUGGCGGAAUUGAAAAUUAGAAAGAUGAACGACAGGGAGGCGGGCGUGCAUGACAGCUCAGCCGAGGAUGCCAACAACGAGGUGGAUCGUCAGGUAGAGCAGAAAAGGAAAAUGCUCAAUUUGGCCAAGGAAAUAUGACGAAAUAUUGAAACGUAGAAGAGCGUACGUGUAACGCAAACGCUACCAACAAGUCCUCGCAAUCAGACUUCAAUUCUCAAGACUUCAAAAUCACAGUUUUACAGUUUUUGCGCAAGAAUUUAUUUCGUGGUCGUUUUUGCCAAUUUACGUUUCGUCGCAUGUACACUGUUUCUGAACAGCUUUCGCUGCUGUAUUUUUUUCAAAAUCAAAAUCUAUCUCCUCCGACUCUACAGGUUGGAACAGAAGUCGUUUCAAAUUCGAACUCACUACUUAUCGGUACUAUGAUGAUGUCACUUUUUGCUUUUGGUGUACGGGCACACAAGAACAAACUUCUAUGCUUUCUCUCUCUUUCUGUAGUUCCUAUGGGACUUUUUGUACAGACUCGGAACAAUUCAAUACGCUAGUACACGUUGGCUAUCCAAAGAUUUUGCACCACAAGUUUGAACCUUUCAAAAAACUGUUUCCACGAUUUUCAUAUGCUGCUUGCAAAGCGAUGCUGAAACUGACGGAU